GUUCCGAACCUUUCCCACUGUGUUUUUGGAGCUGACACAAGCUGGAGCAUGGUGGUCUGGACUUACAACUAGACAGCCAGUUGCCCUUGGGUCCAUCCUGUCGAAGCCAUAUCGUGCCACACUGGCUGUGGCAAUUGAACAACGGGAGGUGCCUUCGUGAUGGAAGAUCUCUUGGACGCGUUGGAUCUGGAGAAGCAGCAGAUUCAGAAGAUGGCGGAUGCUCAUCGUGUGGCCCUUGACCGUUGCAUUCAGGAAGCCUUUGGAAGGAUUCUGGAGAUGAUACAAAGGUCCUUCUCUGGCGAAGGCGAUGUGCCCAAGUCGGAGACGGUUGAAUCAUCUCAACAGGUGGUGGAUCUGGCGGCCACCAAGCUGCCCCGGAAGCCCACAUUGGUUGCACCAUCCCAGACAGAGCAACCAAAUUGGCCGAUCCUCGAUGAAUUCGAACAAGAUUGGACGCGGACACCGGAGGCCUCGGAACGCGUUUUGGCAGUCCCUGCAGUGGUGGACGAGGAGGCCGAACUGGAGAGCAAGAACUGCUUGUCCUUUGACAUUUCGAAGUCUCCGGAGCAUGGCCGGUCACCGGCAAAGGUGGUGCCUUGGUCC